ACUGUGUUAAAAGACCUUGGACAUACGAAAUCUCAGCUGGAGACAACUGCCUUUGAUGUGCAGUUCUUCAUUUCUGAAUAUGCACAAGUUCUGUCCCCCUGCCAGAGCAGACAGCUGCUGAGGCUCUUAAAUACAACUCAGAAGAGUUUCCUUGAUGUGCAGGAAUCUGCAGCUGCCCAGGUGGAUCUUUUGGAGACUCAGUUACAGCUCGAGCAAGAUCUUGACGAUCAGAAGAUUGUGGCAGAGCGUCAACAGGAGUACAAGGACAAACUCCAAGGGAUAUGUGAUCUCCUCACUCAAACUGAAAACCGACUAAUUGGUCACCAAGAAGCCUUCGUGAUUGGAGAUGGCACGACCGAAUUAAAGAAAUACCAGUCCAAGCAAGAGGAGUUGCAGAAAGAUAUGCAAGGAAGUGCACAGGCAUUGGCAGAAAUAGUGAAAAACACAGAAAACUUCUUGAAAGAGAAUGGUGAAAAGCUAUCACAAGAGGACAAGGCUUUGAUUGAACAGAAACUUAGUGAAGCAAAGACAAAGUGCGAACAGCUGAAUUUAAAGGCAGAACAAUCAAAAAAGGAGCUGGAUAAAGUUGUGAAAACAGCAAUCAAGGAAGAAACUGAAAAGGUUGCAGCCGUAAGGCAGCUGGAAGAGAGCAAAACCAAAAUCGAAAGCCUUUUGGACUGGUUGUCAGAAGUUGACAAAGACUCAGAACGGGAGGGGACUAAGCACAUGCAGGUCAUUGAGCAGAACGGGACCCAUUUUCAAGAAGGCGAUGGCAAGUCAGAGAUUGGAGAGGAGGAUGAAGUUAACGGGAACUUGUUGGAAACAGAUGUUGACGGGCGCAUUGUAACCACGGAGGGGAAUCUGAACCAGCAAUACCAGAAAGUCAAGGCCCAGCACGAGAAGCUCACCUCCCAGCACCAGGCGGUCAUCGUGGCCACGCAGUCUGCACGGGCGCUGCUGGAGAAGCAGGGCCAUUACCUGGCCCCGGAGGAAAAGGAGAAACUGCAGAGGAACAUGAAGGAGCUGAAGGCGCAUUACGAGACCGCGCUGGCCGAGGCGGAGAAGAAGAUGAGGUUAACGCGCUCCCUGCGGGAGGAGCUGGAGAAGUUUGAUGCUGACUACGGUGAGUUCCAGCACUGGUUGCAGCAGUCAGAGCAAGAGCUGGAAAACCUGGAGGCGGGUGCUGACGACUUCGGUGGAUUAGCGACCAAGUUGAAGAGGCACAAGAGCUUCUCAGAAGACGUGAUCUCUCACAAAGGUGACUUGAGGUACAUCACGAUGUCAGCAAACAGGGUGCUAGAAGCUGCCAAAUCCUGCAGCACGAGAGCCGUCGGCAAGGGUGACCAGGGUCACAUCGACACUUCCACGACACACAGGGAAGUCCAGAGCAAGUUGGAUCAGGCAACGGAUCGGUUCAGGUCUCUCUACUCCAAGUGCAGUGUUCUUGGAAAUAAUCUUAAAGACCUGGUGGACAAAUACCAGCACUAUGAAGAUGCCUCCUGUGGGCUUCUUUCUGGGCUCCAGGCCUGUGAGGCCACAGCAAGCAAACAUCUAUGCGAACCUAUUGCCGUGGACCCCAAAAAUCUGCAAAGGCAGUUAGAAGAGGCCAAGGCUCUGCAGGGACAGAUAUCCAGUCAGCAGGUGGCUGUGGAGAAACUGAAGAGAACGGCUGAAGUGCUUUUAGAUGCCAGAGGAUCCUUGCUUCCAGCCAGGAAUGACAUCCAGAAAACACUGGAUGACAUCGUCGGGAGAUGAGAUCUUUCCAAGUCUGUCAACCAACGGAACGAAAAGCUCCAGAUGACCCUGACUCGCUCUCUGAGUGUGCAGGAUGGCCUGGAUGAGAUGCUGGACUGGAUGGGAAGUGUGGAAAGUUCCCUGAAAGAACAAGGCCAAAUGCCCUUAAACUCUGCAGCUCUUCAGGAUCUCAUCAGCAAAAACAUUAUGUUGGAACAGGAUAUCGCAGGGCGUCAGAGCAGUGUAAAUGCCAUGAAUGAAAAGGUGAGGACAUUUAUGGAGACAACGGAUCCAUCCACUGCUUCCUCGCUGGAGGCGAAAAUGAAAGACCUGUCCGUCCGGUUUUCAGAAGCCAGUCACAAACACAAAGAAAAACUUGCCAAAAUGGAGGAGCUAAAAACCAAAGUUGAACUGUUUGAGAAGCUCUCAGAAAAACUCCAGACGUUUUUAGAAACAAAAACUCAGGCUGUGACUGAGGUAGACAUGCCAGGGAAAGAUGUUACCGAACUGUUUCGGCAUUUGGAGGAAUCAACUUCUGAGUUCAUAGAACACAAGAAGGACCUUGAAGCUUUGCAUAGUCUCCUGAAGGAGAUAUCCAGCCAUGGCUUACCAGGUGAUAAGGCUCUGGUUUUUGAAAAGACAAACAACUUGUCAAAGAAAUUCAAAGAAAUGGAGGAUACCAUCAAAGAAAAGAAAGAAGCUAUAACUUCUUGUCAAGAACAGCUGGAUGCCUUCCAAGUCCUUGUUAAAUCAUUGAAGUCAUGGAUAAAAGAAACAACAGAGCAAGUCCCCAUUGUACAGCCAUCUUUUGGGGCAGAGGACUUAGGAAAAUCUUUGGAAGAAACUAAGAAAUUACAAGAACAGUGGAGUAUAAAAGCACCAGAGAUUCAGAAAGUCAACAACAGUGGGAUCUCACUAUGUAACCUAGUGAGUGCUGUGACUACCCCUGCAAAGGCAAUAGCAGCAGCUAAAUCAGGUGGAGUGAUACUAAAUGGUGACGGAACAGACACAAACACUCAAGAGUUUUUGGCAAAUAAAGCUUUGACAUCCAUCAAAAAGGACAUGACUGACAUAAGUCAUGGUUACGAAGAUCUUGGCCUCUUACUCAAAGACAAGAUAGCAGAACUGAAUAACAAACUCUCCAAAUUGCAAAAGGCUCAGGAAGAAUCAAGUGCAAUGAUGCAGUGGUUAGAGAAAAUGACCAAGACGGCAACAAAAUGGCAUCAGACCCCAACACCUACAGAUACUGCAGCUGUGAAGACUCAAGUUGAGCAGAAUAAGUCAUUUGAGGCAGAACUGAAGCAAAAUAUCAACAAAGUACAGGAGUUGAAAGACAAAUUGACAGAGCUGUUGGAGGAGAACCCAGACACGACGGAAGCCCCCAAAUGGAGGCAGAUGUUGACAGAAAUAGACUCUAAGUGGCAAGAGCUCAACCAGUUAACAGUUGACAGACAACAAAAGCUGGAAGAAUCCUCCAAUAACCUUACCCAAUUCCAGACAGUGGAGGCCCAAUUAAAACAGUGGCUUGUGGAAAAGGAACUGAUGGUCAGUGUUCUUGGGCCCCUGUCAGCGGACCCAAAUAUGCUGAACGCCCAGAGGCAGCAGGUGCAGAUCCUGCUGCAAGAAUUCGCUACCCGGAAACCCCAGUAUGAACAGCUAGCAGCAGCUGGCCAGGGCAUUCUGAGCAGACCAGGAGAAGACCAGUCUCUGCAAGAGACUGUGAAAGAGCAGCUGGCAGCUGUGACCCAAAAGUGGGACGGCCUAACGGGACAGUUGGGUGACAGAUGUGACUGGAUUGACCAAGCCAUCGUCAAGAGCACACAGUAUCAGAGCCUCCUGAGAAACCUUUCCGACAGGCUGAGGGAGCUGGAUAAUAAACUCACCAGCAACCUGGCCAUGGGCACCCUCCCUGGUGCGAUGAACCAGCAGUUGGAAACAGCCCAAAAACUGCAGCGGGAAGUAGAGCAGGAAACAAAGCAGAUAAACGCGGCCCAGGCACUCUGUGAGGACCUGUCAGCACUAGUUAAAGAAGAGUACUUGAAAGCAGAGCUUAGUAGACAACUGGAGGGCGUCGUAAAGUCAUUUAAGGACAUCGAACAGAAAGCAGAGAAUCACGUACAGCACCUUCAGUCAGCUUGUGCAAGCUCUCAUCAAUUUCAGCAAAUGUCUAGAGAUUUUCAGGCCUGGUUGGAUACAAAGAAAGAAGAGCAAGAGAAGUCUCACCCAAUAUCAGCCAAACUCGAUGUCUUGGAGUCAUUAAUUAAAGAUCAGAAAGACUUCAGCGAGACUCUGGCUGCCCAGUCUACUACUUAUGAAAAAACCAUUGCAGAAGGUGAAAAUCUGCUAUUGAAAACACAAGGGUCUGAGAAGGCAGCCUUACAGUUACAGCUUAACACUAUUAAAACCAACUGGGAUGGAUUUAAAAAGCAGGUGAAAGAAAGAGAAGACAAGUUACAUGAGUCUCUGGAGAAGGCCGUUAGGUAUAGAGAGCACGUGGAGACUGUCCGGCCGUGGAUAGACAGAUGUCAGCACAACCUGGAGGAAGUACGGUUUUGCUUGGAUCCCGCCGAAACAGAGAACUCUAUCGCCAGGUUAAAGUCUCUGCAAAAGGAAAUGGACCAACACUUCGGCAUGGUAGAAUUACUGAACAACACAGCCAACAGCUUGCUCAGUGUCUGUGAGGUGGAUAAAGAGAUUGUUACAGAUGAGAAUAAAUCGCUGAUCCAGAAGGUAGACAUGGUCACUGAAGAACUUCACAGAAAGAAAUUCUCCCUGGAGAACAUGGCCCAGAAGUUCAAAGAGUUUCAGGAAGUUUCCAAAGAAGCUGAAAAGCAGCUUCAGUGUGCAAAGGAGCAGCUGGAUGUCCACAACUCCUUGGGAGCCCAGGCUCACAGUAACAAGCACCUGACCAUGCUGCAGACUCAGCAGAAGUCACUUCAGGCCUUGCAGCACCAGGUAGAUCUGGCCAAGAGACUUGCACAGGACCUUGUGGUAGAAGCCUCAGACUCAAAGGGAACUUUGGAGAUUUUAUUGCAAGCAGAAACGCUAGCUCAGGAGCACAGUGCACUAAGUCAGCAGGUGGAAGAGAAGUGUUCGUUCCUAGAAACCAAGCUUCAGGGCAUUGGGCACUUCCAGAAUUCCAUCCGAGAAAUGUUCUCCCAGUUUGCUGAGUUUGAUGAUGAGCUGGAUAGCAUGGCUCCAGUGGGGAGAGAUGCAGACACAUUGCAGAAGCAAAAGGAGGAUAUCAAAACCUUUCUGAAGAAACUAGAAGCCCUCAUGGCGAGCAACGACAAUGCCAACAAAACCUGUAAGAUGAUGCUGGCCACAGAAGAAACCUCUCCUGACCUUGUUGGGAUCAAAAGGGACUUGGAGGCCUUAAGCAAGCAGUGCAACAAGUUACUGGACCGAGCUCAGGCCAGGGAAGAGCAGGUUGAAGGGACCAUUGAGCGUCUUGACGAAUUCUACAGCAAGUUGAAAGACUUCUCAACUCAGCUCCAGAAGGCUGAAGACCGUGAAGAGUCACAGGGUCCUGUUGGCAUGGAAACAGAAGCCAUCAAUCAGCAGCUUGAUGUUUUCAAGGUGUUCCAGAAAGAAGAGAUUGAGCCCUUGCAGGUUAAACAGCAAGAUGUGAACUGGCUAGGUCAAGGCCUCAUUCAGAGCGCUGCUAACAGCACCAGCACUCAGGGUUUGGAGCAAGACCUGGAUGAGGUCAAUGCCCGGUGGAAGACACUCAAUAAGAAGGUGGCACAGAGAGCGGCCCAGCUGCAGGAGGCCCUGCUGCACUGUGGGAGGUUCCAGGAUGCCCUGGAGUCCCUGCUCAGCUGGAUGGUGGACACCGAGGAGCUUGUGGCCAAUCAGAAGCCUCCCUCGGCUGAGUUUAAAGUGGUGAAGGCUCAGAUACAAGAGCAGAAGCUUCUCCAGAGACUGUUGGAUGACCGCAGGUCUACUGUGGAGGUCAUCAAACGAGAGGGAGAAAAGAUUGCAGCAACAGCAGAGCCCGCAGAUAAAGUGAAGAUUUUGAAACAGCUGAGCCUCUUGGGCAGUAGAUGGGAAGCAUUGCUUAAUAAAGCUGAAAUGAGGAACCGUCAGUUGGAAGGUAUCUCGGUGAUAGCACAGCAAUUUCACGAAACCUUAGAGCCACUGAACGAGUGGCUCACAGCCGUAGAAAAGAGGCUGGCAAAUUGUGAACCCAUAGGAACCCAAGCAUCUAAACUAGAGGAGCAAAUCGCGCAGCACAAAGUUUUAGAAGAUGACAUCAUCAGUCACAGUAAACAUUUACACCAGGCCGUUAGCACUGGCCAGUCCUUAAAGGUUUUGAGCUCCAGGGAGGAUAAAGAUAUGGUGCAGAAUAAAUUAGACCUCUCUCAAGUGUGGUACAUUGAGAUUCAAGAGAAAAGUCGCAGCAGGUCUGAGCUCCUCCGGCAGGCUUUGUGUAACGCUAAGAUUUUUGGGGAAGAUGAAGUUGAGCUGAUGAACUGGUUGAAUGAAGUGCACGACAAACUGAGCACACUCUCAGUCCAGGACCACAGCACUGAGGGGCUGUGGCAGCAGCACUCUGAGCUUCGGGUUCUACAAGAGGACAUCCUUCUCAGGAAGCAAAAUGUAGAUCAGGCACUACUAAAUGGCUUAGAACUUCUCAAACAAACCACAGGUGAUGAAGUUUUAAUAAUUCAAGAUAAAUUGGAAGCCAUUAAAGCCAGGUACAAAGACAUCACCAAGUUGAGUGGUGACGUGGCCAGCACUCUGGAGCAGGCCCUGCAGCUUGCCCGGCGGCUGCACUCCACACACGAGGAGCUGUGCGCCUGGCUGGACAAAGUGGAGGUGGAAUUGCUGUCCUGUGAAACUCAGGUUGUGAAAGGAGAAACCGCGAUUCAGGCCCAAGUGAGACAAAAAGAACUGAAAAGGGAAGUUAAGAGCAACAAGGCCUUGCUGGAUUCCCUGAAUGAAGUGAGUAAUGCUUUGCUGGAGCUGGUGCCCUGGCGGGCCAGAGAAGGACUGGAGAAGAUGGUCGCUGAGGACAACGAACGCUACCACCUGGUGGGCGAGGCCAUCACUCAGAAGGUGGAGGAGAUUGAUGCAGCCAUUUUGCGGACACAGCAGCUUGACCAAGCGGCUGAUGCUGAGUUAUCCUGGAUUUCUGAAACAGAGAAGAAAUUAAUGUCUCUGGGUGACAUCAGACUUGAGCAAGACCAGACCUCCGCCCAGCUGCAGGUUCAAAAGACAUUCACCAUGGAGAUUUUGAGACACAAGGAUAUUAUCGAUGAACUUGUUAAAUCCGGGCACAAAGUCAUGGCCACAUCCAGUGAAGAGGAAAGGAAAUCAAUGAAGGACAAACUGGACAAGGUACUGAAGAAGUAUGAUGCCAUCUGCCAGAUGAACUCAGAGCGGUAUCUGCAGCUGGAACGGGCACAGUCCCUGGUCAGCCAGUUCUGGGAGACAUAUGAAGAACUCUGGCCGUGGCUGACAGAAACACAGAGAACCAUCUCUCAGCUUCCUGCCCCAGCCCUUGAGUACGAAACCCUAAGACAACAGCAGGAGGAACACCGGCAACUGCGUGAGUUGAUAGCAGAACACAAGCCACACAUAGAUAAGAUGAAGAAGACCGGGCCGCAGUUACUGGAGCUGAGCCCAGGGGAAGGCUUUUCCAUCCAAGAGAAGUAUGUGGUUGCUGAAACCCUUUACAGUCAAAUUAAAGAAGAGGUGAAGAAGCGAGCUGUGGCACUGGACGAAGCCAUGUCUCAAUCAACUCAGUUCCACGACAAGACGGACCAGAUCCUGGAGAGCCUGGAGCGGGUGGUGGAGCGUCUGAGGCAGCCGCCGUCCAUCUCCGCAGAGGUGGAAAAGAUCAAGGAGCAGGUCACUGAAAAUAAGAACGUGUUGGUGGAGAUGGAGAAACUACAGCCCUUGUACGAAACUCUCAAGCAGAGGGGAGAGGAGAUGAUUGCUAGAUCCGGGGGCACCGAGAAAGACUUGUCUGCCAAAGCUGUUCGGGACAAACUUGACCAAAUGGUUUUCAUCUGGGAGAACAUACACACCUUGGUGGAAGAAAGGGAGGCCAAACUGCUGGACGUAAUGGAACUCGCGGAAAAGUUCUGGUGCGACCACAUGUCGCUAGUAGUCACCACUAAAGACACUCAGGAUUUCAUCCGGGACCUGGAAGACCCUGGCAUUGACCCCUCCGUGGUGAAACAGCAGCAAGAAGCAGCAGAGGCCAUACGGGAGGAAAUAGAGGGGCUGCAGGAGGAGCUGGACAUAGUCGUUAACCUGGGCUCCGAGCUCAUCACCGCCUGCGGAGAACCCGAUAAGCCCAUUGUGAAGAAGAGUAUAGAUGAGUUAAAUUCUGCCUGGGAUUCCCUAAAUAAAGCUUGGAGAGACCGGAUUGACAAACUAGAAGACGCCAUGCAGGCUGCCGUUCAGUACCAGGAUGGGCUGCAGGCAGUGUUUGACUGGGUGGACAUUGCAGGUAGCAAAUUAGCGUCCAUGUCCCCAGUGGGAACAGACCUUGAGACUGUCAAGCAGCAGAUUGAAGAGCUGAAGCAAUUUAAGUCAGAGGCCUACCAACAGCAGAUAGAAAUGGAAAGACUGAAUCAUCAGGCAGAACUUUUGCUGAAGAGAGUAAGGGAGGAGAGCGCCAAGCACGCAGUCCAGGACCCACUCACGGAGCUGAAGGUGAUCUGGGAUGGCCUGGAUGAGAGAAUCGUCAGCAGGCAGCACAAGCUGGAGGGGGCCCUGCUGGCACUGGGUCAGUUCCAGCAUGCUCUGGACGAGCUCCUGGCCUGGCUGGCGCACACCGAGGGCUUGCUGAGCGAACAGAAACCCGUCGGAGGAGACCUGAAAGCCAUUGAGAUCGAGCUCGCCAAGCAUCACGUGCUCCAAAAUGACGUCUUAGCCCAUCAGUCCACAGUGGAAGCCGUCAACAAAGCAGGACAGGGUCUCAUUGAAUCGAGCGCGGGAGAGGAAGCGAGCAACCUGCAGCACAAGCUGGAGCUUCUAAACCAGCGCUGGCAAAACGUUCUGGAGAAAACAGGGCAGAGGAAGCAGCAGCUGGACGGCGCCCUGCGCCAGGCCAAAGGGUUCCAUGGUGAAAUCGAGGAUUUGCAGCAGUGGCUCACCGACACGGAGCGGCACCUGUUGGCCUCGAAGCCUCUGGGAGGCUUACCCGAAACAGCCAGGGAGCAGCUUAACGUCCAUGUGGAACUCUGCGCUGCCUUUGACGUUAAAGAAGAAACGUACAGGAGUCUGAUGCAGAAGGGCCAGCAGAUGCUUGCAAGAUGUCCCAAGUCAGCAGAGACCAACAUUGACCAGGACAUAAAUAACUUGAAAGAGAAGUGGGAAUCCGUGGAAAGCAAGCUCAACGAAAGGAAAACGAAGCUGGAAGAGGCCCUCAGCUUGGCGAUGGAGUUCCACGAUUCCCUGCAGGACUUUAUCAACUGGCUCACACAGGCCGAGCAGACCCUGAACGUGGCUUCACGGCCAAGCCUUAUCUUGGACACAGUCUUGUUUCAGAUUGAUGAACACAAGGUCUUUGCCAACGAAGUCAAUUCUCACCGUGAGCAGAUAAUAGAACUGGACAAAACUGGAACCCACCUGAAGUAUUUCAGUCAGAAACAAGACGUUGUCCUAAUUAAGAAUCUACUUAUCAGUGUGCAGAGUCGGUGGGAGAAGGUCGUUCAGAGGCUGGUUGAAAGGGGAAGAUCUUUGGAUGACGCGAGGAAAAGGGCCAAGCAGUUCCACGAAGCUUGGAGUAAACUUAUGGAGUGGCUAGAAGAGUCAGAAAAGUCUUUGGAUUCUGAACUGGAAAUUGCCAAUGACCCAGACAAGAUAAAAACACAACUUGCACAGCACAAGGAGUUUCAGAAAUCGCUCGGAGCCAAGCACUCUGUGUACGACACCACCAACCGAACCGGACGUUCUCUGAAGGAGAAGACCUCCCUGGCUGACGACAACCUGAAACUGGACGACAUGCUGAGUGAGCUCAGAGACAAGUGGGACACCAUCUGUGGCAAGUCUGUGGAAAGACAAAACAAAUUGGAGGAAGCCCUGUUAUUUUCUGGACAAUUCACAGGCCUGCAGGCUCUCAUUGAUUGGCUGUAUAGAGUUGAGCCCCAGCUGGCAGAAGACCAGCCUGUCCACGGAGACAUUGAUUUGGUGAUGAAUCUGGUCGAUAACCAUAAGGUCUUCCAAAAGGAGUUGGGGAAGAGGACCAGCAGUGUGCAGGCCCUGAAGCGCUCUGCCCGAGAGCUCAUCGAAGGCAGCCGGGAUGACCCGUCCUGGGUCAAGGUCCAGAUGCAGGAACUGAGCACGCGCUGGGAGACCGUGUGUGCGCUCUCUGUAUCGAAGCAGACUCGCUUAGAGGCUGCUCUGCGCCAGGCAGAGGAGUUUCACUCGGUGGUGCAUGCUCUGUUGGAGUGGCUGGCCGAGGCAGAGCAAACCCUGCGUUUCCAUGGUGUUCUCCCAGACGACGAGGAUGCUCUCAGGACUCUCAUUGAUCAGCAUAAAGAGUUCAUGAAGAAACUGGAAGAAAAAAGAGCUGACCUGAACAAAGCCACCAGUAUGGGCGACGCCAUGUUGGCCAUCUGCCAUCCUGACUCCAUCACCACCAUUAAGCACUGGAUCACCAUUAUCCGGGCCAGGUUUGAGGAGGUGCUGGCCUGGGCCAAGCAGCAUCAGCAGAGACUGGCCAGCGCUCUGGCUGGGCUUAUCGCUAAGCAAGAGCUGCUGGAAGCUUUGCUGGCUUGGCUGCAGUGGGCUGAAACCACACUCAGUGAAAAAGAUAAGGAAGUCAUCCCCCAGGAGAUCGAGGAGGUGAAAGCCCUCAUUGCAGAGCACCAGACCUUCAUGGAAGAAAUGACCAGAAAGCAGCCUGAUGUUGACAAAGUCACCAAGACUUACAAAAGAAGAGCGGCUGACCUGUCUUCCUUACAAUCCCAUAUUCCAGUCUUGGAUAAGGGAAGGGCAGCAAGAAAACGCUUCCCGGCAUCCAGUUUAUACCCCUCUGGGUCCCAGACACAGAUUGAAACCAAGAAUCCCAGAGUGAACCUGCUGGUGAGCAAGUGGCAGCAAGUGUGGCUCCUGGCGCUGGAGAGGAGGCGGAAGCUGAACGAUGCCUUGGACAGGCUGGAGGAGCUGAGAGAAUUUGCGAACUUCGAUUUUGAUAUCUGGCGUAAAAAGUACAUGCGUUGGAUGAACCAUAAGAAGUCUCGAGUGAUGGAUUUCUUCAGGAGGAUUGACAAAGACCAGGAUGGCAAGAUCACCCGGCAGGAAUUCAUCGAUGGAAUUCUGUCCUCCAAGUUCCCAACCAGCCGCCUGGAGAUGAGUGCCGUCGCAGACAUCUUUGACAGAGAUGGUGACGGGUACAUUGACUACUAUGAGUUUGUAGCAGCGCUGCACCCAAAUAAAGACGCAUAUAAACCUGUCACAGACGCCGACAAGAUCGAAGAUGAGGUCACAAGGCAGGUAGCUAAGUGUAAAUGUGCAAAACGAUUUCAAGUUGAACAGAUUGGUGAUAACAAGUACAGGUUCUUCCUGGGAAAUCAGUUUGGAGACUCCCAGCAGCUGCGACUGGUCCGGAUCCUCCGGAGUACCGUGAUGGUCCGUGUUGGAGGCGGAUGGAUGGCACUGGAUGAGUUCUUAGUGAAAAAUGAUCCCUGCAGGGUUCAUCACCAUGGGAGUAAAAUGUUACGUUCGGAAUCAAACUCUUCAAUUACUGCUACUCAGCCUGCUAUAGCUAAAGGAAGGACCAACAUGGAACUGCGUGAGAAGUUCAUCCUCGCCGAUGGGGCCAGCCAGGGCAUGGCUGCCUUCCGACCACGGGGCCGCAGAUCCCGGCCCUCAUCACGAGGCGCUUCGCCCAACAGGUCCACCUCUGUGUCCAGUCAGGCGGGCCAGGCGGCCUCCCCACAGGUCCCUGCCACCAGCACACCCAAGAUUCUCCAUCCUUUAACACGCAAUUACGGUAAACCAUGGUUGACAAACAGCAAAAUGUCAACUCCUUGUAAGCCAGCAGAGUGCUCAGACUUUCCCGGGUCAUCUGCAGAGGGAACACCAAUACAGGGAAGCAAGCUGCGACUUCCAGGAUAUUUAUCAGGGAAGGGCUUCCAUUCCGGGGAGGACAGUGGCUUGAUAACCACAGCAGCUGCCAGAGUCCGAACCCAGUUUGCUGACUCCAGGAAGACGCCCAGCCGGCCGGGCAGCCGCGCGGGAAGCAAAGCUGGCAGCAGGACCAGCAGCCGCAGGGGCAGCGACGCCUCGGACUUCGACAUUUCGGAAAUCCAGUCGGUGUGCUCGGACGUGGACGCGAACCCCCAGCCGCACAGACCCGCUCCCCGAGCCGGCUCUCGGCCCGCCACGGCCAAGCCCUCCAGAAUCCCCACGCCCCAGCGGCGAUCGCCCGCCAGCAGAGGGGACAGGUCCUCCAAGAGAUAGUGUCGCUCCAGGCUGCUCGCUGCGUGUACAUAGGAGGUGGAGAUGCUUGUGAAAUGUCGCAAGAAGCGAGUUUAAAAUGCUGCAGAUGGCCUUACUUGUGUACUUGUCUUUUUAUUUGAUCUGUAUCAUUUUCCGGUCAGAGUUUCUGGGGUUGCAGUCACAGCCUGUGUGACGGGGGAAGAAAGCGCUUAACAUGAAGCCACCUGUCCACACAGCGCUGUGCUGCGUGUACAGGAAGGGCGGUCACCUGUCCAGGUAAGUCCGCGGCCUCUGAUGACCACAGCUCCACGCCGCCCCCGGUGGUGGGAUACCUCGUGACACCUGCUUGUCUCCGUGGGGAUUGCAGACCGCGAAAGAAACACAGCGGGGCUGUCUUCUGAGAUAGUUGCAGCGCAGACGACAAUUCGGACGGCGGAAAGGAAACACACCCGCCCCGGGUUCUUGCAGCUGUACCUGACCGAACUCACGCAGGUUACUCAGCAGGACGCCCGAGCGCCUGCAGCAUCUCUGUGCCAUUGCUUUCGUGCGGCCAGAGGCGUCCUGGAUGCUAGACCUACCACGCCUAAGACUGCAAGUAUAAAGUCCAUCCUAUAAAACGUGAGGUUUUCUUUCGCUUGAGUGGACAGCAGCACCUGUAUCAUUUGAACUCAUUUUGUAACAAAGCAAUUUCGCUUGCAGAAAGCUAUGAAAUAAAACAUAUCCCUCAACUACACUGCUAUGGAAUUAAUUGUUUUUUUCCCCAGGGAAAAUUGGUGUAUUUUUUUAUGAGCAGUAUCAAUUUGGAGUGACCAAACGAUACUUAAAAAUGGGUUUAUUUUGAUUUCUCAUUUAAAAUAAUUAUGUUCUGAAAUUAUAUCUACCUAUAUUUAAUAAAUCUAUACAUUUUA